AACCUGUAUAUUGUAAGGGAGCGCCGCCUGGUCGACGACUAAACCGGACGUCCUGCAGAGCUACUACACACAAACGUGUCAAAUCUGGCGUGCAAGACGCUUUGGAGCUUAUGAAUAAGAGCUGGUCGCGCUUGCUGCACAGCUGGCCGUCUCCUCCGAAAGCGACACGGCGGCACUGACGGAAAGGUACAUAGUUUGCAGGCGGCAUAGUAGGCCGCGCACGUGAACAUGCAGCCGCAGUGGCCGCAGCAGCAGCCGGUGGCCUUCUCUACGGGGCCCCCUCCACCGCAUGUCUUUGCACAACAGCAGCAGCAGCCAACGGGCUAUGGUGCACCGCAGCAGCUAUACAUGCAGCAGCAGCCCCAGUAUGUCCAACAGCAGCCAGCUCAGCAGUUCGCCGCGCCCUACCAGCCAGCCUACCAGGCUGGUACAGGCUACGGCGCACCGGUACGAACCGGAUACGGCGCACCACCGCCGCACCAGCAACAACAGCAGCAGCAACAGCAGCAGCAGCCCCAAAUGCAGCAGCACCAGUACCAACAGCAGCAGCAGCAGCAGCCACCGCCCCAGCAGCCGCAGCAACAGCAGCAGCCGUUUAGCCCUUCUGGUCGUGGCGGAGGUGGCGGUGGCUUCAGCGGGCGGGGAGGAGGCGGAGGAGGAGGAGGCCGCGGCCGGGGGAACUGGGGUCAGCAGCAGCAGCAACAACAACAACAGCAGCAGCAGCCGCAAGGGGGCGGAGGCGGAGCCGCAGGGGGCAUGGUCUCUGCCAUCAUGACUCCGAGCGGACGGUUGCCACCCCCCACCAGUACCGUUUACAACCACCAGCAACCGCCGCAGCAACAGCCGCCGCCGCACGGCGGCAACCACCAACUGCAACUGCGCAUCAUGACGCCGCACGGCGGGCCGCCAGGGCAGCCGCACCACCAACCGCUCACCUGCACCGCGCCGCCGCCCCGGCCCUACAUGCCGUCUCAGCACCCAGCCGCCUACGGCCAGCUGCUGCCGCCGCAGCAACCGCCGCAGCAACCGCAACAGCUGCCUCCGCAGGGGUACGCGCCACAGGGCGGCGGCAUGCUGCCUCCGCCUGCUGCUGUGGGCUACGGGGCGGCGCCGCCGCAGGCGGUGCAGCCGCAGCCGCAGCAGAUGGGCCCUGUGGUCCCAGUAACGGAGCGCCACGCGGCACCGCAGCACAGGGCCGGCGGCGGAGGCGGUCCUGCUGCCGGCGGCGGAGGCGGAGGCGGGGGAGGCGGAGGAGGCGGAGGAGGUGGCGGAGGUGGCGGAAGCAUCUCCCGCAUCAUGAGCCCGAACGGCUACAUUGGGGGCGGAGGCGGCGCCGCCGCUGGUGGAGGCGGCGGAGGCGGAGGCCGCGGCGGCGGCGGCGGAGGCGGUAACUGGUCAAACGGCGGCGGCGGCGGCCGGGACGGCGGCGGCCGAGGCCGCGGUUUCGGCGGCGGAGGCCGCGGGCGCGGCCGCGACUUUGCUGGCGGCCGCGGCGGCUUUGCCGGCCGCAAGCGCGGUGCUGAUGAGAUGGCGGGCGGCGGCGGCUACGGCAAUGGCGGCGCACAGUACGACAACGGUCCGGAGGGAGCCGCCAACCCCAACCAGCAGCAGCAGCAGCCGCUCAGCAAGAAGGCGGCCAAGCGCGAGUUCCUUUCCAAGCCGUUGGAGGAGGUGGUGGCGGCGGCGGGGCCGGUGGUGGUGCGGCAGCCGCAGAACGAGGAGGAGCGGCAGGAGGUGGCCAAGUGGAUCGCCGACCGCAAGCGCUGCUACCCCACCUCCAACAACGUGGCGCGGCGCGAGGCGGAGGCGGAGGCGCGCUCCGAGGCGGGCGGGCUGGACCCCAAGGAGGAGCGGCGGCGCAAGCUGCGGGAGAUCCUGGAGAAGCAGCGGGCCAUGGGGCUGGACAGAGCAGCCGGGACCACAGACAUGCUUGACGGCGGCGACGACGGCGGUGGCGGAGGCUACGGCGGCGGGGGCUACGGCGGCCGCGGCGGUUACGGCGGUUACGGCGGACGCGGCGGCGGGCGUUUCAUGCGUGGCGGGCGCCGUGGUCGGUUCGGUUUCGACGGCGGCCGAGGCGGGCGAUUUGGCGGGCGCUGGGGCCCCGGCGGCGGGCGCUUCGGCGGGCGCUAUGGCGGACAGGGCUGGCACGGCAACGGCGAGGGCGGUGAAGGCGGCGGCGAGGGCGGUGAGGGCGCCGCUGUGGAGGGCGGCGAGGGCGCCGCCGCCGCGGAGGGCAGCGCGGCCGGCAAUGGCACGGACGCCGCGGCGCCGCACGGGGCCGGGGAGGGGGCUGCGGGUGCUGGCGGCGGCCCUGGCGGCCGCGGCGGCGGCGGUGGCGGCCGCUUUGGUGGGCGCUGGGGCCCCGGUGGGGGCCGCUGGGGCCCCGGCGGCGGGCGCUUCGGCGGGCGGUACGGUGACGGCGAUGGCUAUCACAUGGCGGGCCGUGGCGGCCGCGGUGGCCGCGGUGGCGGUGGCUACGGUGCCCAGUACGGCCCGCAUGGGGGGCAGCAGCAGCACCCCCACCCCCACCACCAGCACCAGCACUUUGUGCCUCGGCCGCGCCCGCCCAGCCUGCUGGAGAAGCUGCUGCAGCGGGAGCUCCGGCAGGAGCGCAGCUGGCUGCUGCAGGCCAUUCGCUUCAUCGUGCGCAACGGCUACCUCCAGGCAACAGCGCCGCCGCUCGCACAGCCCGCCGCAGGCGCCACGGACGAUGGCAGCGGCGCGGCUGUGCCGCCUGCAGAGGGCUCACAGCAGCAGCAGCAGCAGCAAACGCAGACGCAGCAGCCGGAGCUGUGGUUCCCUCCGGGCAUGCCUGACUCGCCCAUGGAUCCCAAGGAGUUGCUGCGGCUGCAGCUGGCGGCGGCGGCGGCGGCAGAGGCGGCGGCUGGCGUGGUGGAUGUCGAUGACGACUUUUUGCUGGGCGAGGGCGAAGUGCCUGAGGGUGGUGUAGGAAUGGCGGGCGUGGCUGCUUCGGAGGAGGCUGGGGGCCCCGGGCAGGGGCAGGGGCCGCAGGCGUGGGGGGAUGCGGCGUUGGAGGAGGAGGGAGCGGAGGGCGACGGUGACGAGGGGGAGGAGGAGGCAGCGGGAGAGGUAGAGGCGCAUGGAGCGGUGCACGAGGAAGAGCAUGAUGAGGAGUUUGGCGAGGGAGAGGCAGAGGCAGUGGAAGCGUAGUCAGUGAAGUGGCGGUCGAUACGUGUGUAUGUGUGCAGCCUAACAGGAACUCCAGUGAAGUGCAUGUGUGAUGGGUUCGUGCUAAGUAACCUAGGCAGCCUACUAGCCUAGCAUUUAGCUGUUCAGGGGGGUCCGGUCGGGCGGUAGGGUGAGGGGUGGCGAGGCUGGCACAUGCGACAGCGCCUUGGGUCCAUUCAUUUGCAUGCUUUGCUGCAGCAUUUUGCUGCGACGGGUCUCAACAGUAUGCUGAAGGAUCGCCCUAUGCAACUUCACUCGCUGCAUGCUCGCGUGCGGCGUGCAGGAGUGUGUGAGGGACGGCUUACUGCAGAGCUGCGGAUUGGGCUGUUGAAGCAGGGAGGGGUGCAGCGCGUGCCCACGCUUGUGGCCUCCCAGGUCAGGGCCUCGUCUCAUGCAUGCGGCGGCGUAUGGAUGCGGAUGCGAAGGUGUUGGGCCCUUCCUUGCGACACUACCCUGCCACAAGAAUGUCGUGUGGGACACAAGGACAAAGGCUGGGUGUAUUUGGUUCACAGCCCUGUUAUUUCAUGCCACGGCGAGCGCUGUUCAUUAAAUGAAAUAGUGGAUAGCAUGGUCGGGUGAUGCUUUUGCCCGGCGCAUGUUGCUGGACAGCUGCCGGAUGGACCUGGCCGGACAGUACACAGCAAGUUGGAUCUCCCGCAACCUCAGAUGUUGCAUGUUACACCUUCCGAAAUCCC